AUGGAACGCCAGGACGAGAAGGUGGUCGAUGCCAUCAGUCCCAGCUCCGAGCCCAAGAAGACGACUGAUGGCGCGACCAAGGAGCUCCCCGGCAGCGAGGGCUCCUCAAUGGAUCUGGAGAAGCAGCUCGAGGCCCAGGAGAAUCUGAAGAGGAACCUGAAGAGCCGUCACCUGCAGAUGAUUGCCAUUGGUGGCACCAUCGGCACAGGUCUCUUCAUUGGUAGCGGAGAGGCCAUCGCGGAGGCCGGUCCAGCCGGUGCCCUCAUCGCUUAUGCAUUCGUCGGUUCUAUCGUGUACUCCGUCAUGGUGUGUCUGGCCGAAAUGGCCACCUACAUUCCCGUUUCCGGUGCAUUCUGCCAGUAUGCUGCGCGAUUCAUUGACCCCAGUCUGGGCUUUGCCAUGGGCUGGAUUUACUGGUUUUCGUGGGCUAUCACCUACGGUCUUGAACUUACCGCAGCCGGCCUCAUUAUUCAGUACUGGGACGACAGCAUCUCCGUGGCCGUUUUCAUUGCCAUUUUCUGGGCGGUCAUCACUGCCAUCAACUUCCUGCCUGUCAAGUUUUACGGCGAGCUCGAAUUUUGGUUUGCGGGAAUCAAAGUGUUGACGGUCAUUGGCUUCGUUAUUUUUGCCAUUUGCGUUGACGCCGGCGUCGGUCAGAAUGGCUACCUGGGAUUCCACACCUGGAGCGAUCCUGGCGCAUUUGCUCCCUACCUGCUGGAAUCCAAGGGUGCUACCGCCAAGUUCGUCGGAUUCUGGGCUGUUCUCAUCCAGGCCGGUUUCACCUACCAGGGUACUGAGCUGGUUGGUAUCGGUGCUGGAGAGACGGCCAACCCGCGCAAGACUGUGCCUGAGGCCAUCCGCAACACCUUCUGGAUGAUCCUGCUGUUCUUCCUUGCCAUCAUCUUCUUCGUCGGUCUGCUCGUGCCCUACGACAACCCGCAGAUGAUGCUUGGCGGCGACGAUGCUUCUUCUUCACCCUUGGUCAUUGCUGCCAAGCUUGCCGGCAUUCCUGUGAUUCCUGGCCUCAUCAACGGUGUCCUCCUCACCGUGGUCCUGUCCGCCGCCAACGCCAACGUUUACUCGGGUUCCCGUAUGAUCAUCGGUCUUGCUGACGCGGGCUGUGCGCCCAAGUUCUUCGCCAAGACCACCAAGCAGGGUGUUCCUUACUGGAGUGUGGCCUUCACCGCAGCUUUCGGUCUUCUCGCCUUCAUGAACGUUUCUAGUAGCGGUGGCGAGGUCUUCGACUGGUUCAUGAACAUUUCCGGUGUUGCUGGUUUCAUCUCCUGGGGCUGCAUCAACGGGUGCCAGAUCGCCUUCAUGCGCAUCCUCAAGGCCCGUGGCAUCGGCCGCGAGUCGCUGCCCUACACGGGCAGGGGCCAGCCGUGGCUCGCUUACUACGGCCUCUUCUUCAACGUCCUCAUCAUCAUCACCCAGGGCUUCACCGCUUUCAUCCCCUGGAGCGUCAGCGACUUCUUCGUCGCCUACCUCAGCCUGAUCAUCUUCGCCGUGCUGUACUUUGGCCACAAGAUUGUGUUCAAGACGAAGUUCGUCAACCCUCUCGAGGCUGACAUUGACACCGGCAGGCUUCCGGCUGAGACUGAGGUGUGGGAGGAGAGCAACGACAACUUCUUUGCCAAGAUGAGGUGCAAGAUCAGGGGUCAGUAG